AUGACCUUUGAUCCAACUGCUCGAAUGGGGGUCUUCGCAUUGUUUAUUGGUGGUGCCCUGUUCAAACUUCAAGCCAAUGGCAUUAACCAGUCCAUAGUGCAGCGUUACUUAACUUUACCCAACAACAAGGCUGUGAAGCAGGCUUUAAUAUUAUCCUUGACUGGAUUUAUGCUUGUCUUGCUGAUGUGCUGCUACAUCGGGAUGCUGGCCUUUGCCGAAUUCUAUCAUUGUGAUCCCAUUACCACUGGGUUAGCUCGUGCCAAGGAUCAAGUCAUUCCGCUGUACGUGGUCAGAAGUGUGGGCAGGUUUCCCGGCGUGGUGGGCUUGUUUGUGGCAGGAGUAUUCAGUGCUGCUCUCAGUUCACUAUCCACGGCCCUCAACUCCCUGUCCGGCGUGAUACUCAAGGACUUUGUAGAGCCAUAUCGUUCGAAGCCGCUGACUGAACGGCAAACCGGCUAUGUUCUGAGGGGUGUAGUGGUCGUCUUCGGCCUGAUAUCGAUGGCCAGUGUCCCAAUCGUCCAGAGACUCGGCCUGGUGAUGCAGCUCUCCACCACAGUGGCUGCCAUAACCUGCGGUCCGUUGCUGGGAGCAUUCAGCGUAGGCAUGCUGCUGCCUUUUGUCAAAACAGAGGUUUGAUUCAUUGGGUGGAUAGCACCACUACGAGUACUCACUGGAAAUUCCCUCUUAUAAUUACAGAGUCUUCUCGCCGGAAUAUCAACUGCCGCCAGCUUUACGGCCUACAUUGUAGUUAGGGCUCAAAUGGCCAUUUUCAGCGGCACCCUGACUUUCCCAACGAAACCCGUUUCUAUUGAGGAUUGCGACUACAGUUUUGAUAUGCCAUCCAAUUGGAAUGC